AUGGUAUAUAUUCUGGACGAGUGCCCCGUGAUGCAUUCUUGCUGCUGUUGUGUUCCACUACGAGUGGCAACAAUAGCGAGUGGCGUUGUCGGACUGAUAGGCGCCGGAGGGUUUUUGUGGGUUGGUAGCACGGAAGGUGCGCGCCGGCUAGCAUCAAGCGGUGUAGUGGGAACAUCACUGCUAAAGCUCGUUCGCUAUUUCUGCGGAGCGUCAGGUGUGCUCUUGGCAGCUGCACACGCACUUCUGAUAGCUGCCGCUGUUCACGAAAGCGACGCAUUGUGCGAGGUGUACAUUUGGUUCAUGGCGGUAUGGAGCGCGGUAUUAUUUGCACUGACGGCGGCAGUGAGCGUUCAAGCAGCUCUUGCUUCAUUCGAAGCCUCUGCGUUCUCUGCGCUGGCCUCCGCUCUCCUACUUAUUGUAGUAAUCUUUCUUCUCAUUGUUAUCGUAGCUAAUUAUAGGAUGACUCUACCGUAA